GACAAGCUCAUAUUGUCGUUCGUUUGUCUAGUCAACUUUUUAGUUUCCAAAAUUUUCGAGAAAUAAAGUUUUAAAAAGACGAUAGGAAGGUGAAAAUAACCGGUAAUUUAUGAUUUUCCGAAGAAAUCCAUACACGUUUCAGUGAUACAACCGAUACAAGUUAGUUACGGUGGACAGUAAUUCGAUCAGUUCGGAAAAUAAACAAAAAAAUUUUUGUACACUGUUUUACUAUUGACAUUAUUAUUUUGAAUUCCAAGUUCAUUAGCUGUGUGUGAAGAGGUGUGCUGUGAGAAACGUGAAACAUUUUGCUACGAUCGAAAAAUGGAGGGCGACGGACUAACAAAUAGUCAAACGGAGAAGGUGUUACAGUUUCAGGAUUUGACAGGCAUUGACGAUAUAAAUAUUUGUCGUGAGGUUCUCAUACGUCAUCAAUGGGACUUGGAGGUGGCGAUACAAGAACAAUUGAAUAUACGAGAGGGUCGACCAUCUAUGUACGCUGUCAGUGAUAAUCGAGCACCACAAGUCAUAAACGAUAGAUUCCUGCAGCACAUAUUUACAAAUAAUCGGCCAGAUAACACUCCCAACGGCCUAACAGCAAUUGUCCGCUAUUUCGUGAAUUACAUUUUUAAUUUUUGCUAUAGUACGUUAACCACGAUAGUCACAACAGUAGUUAGCCUGUUUAGGAACAAUGAACGAAUUGUGACAGAUCCACUGGGUGAUGUACUCAAUUUCAUUCGGGCCUACAAAUAUCCAUCACAUCCUGUAUUCUAUCAGGGAACCUAUGCCCAGGCGUUAAACGACGCAAAGCGGGAGCUAAAAUUUUUGGUCGUUUAUCUGCAUUCGGAAAACAACAGCGAAGUGGCCAAUUUUUGCCGUAACGCGUUGUCUGAUCCGGCUGUGAUUGAAUAUAUCAACCAGAGAAUGCUGUUCUGGGCAUGUGAUAUAUCUUCGCCGGAAGGUUAUCGAGUAUCGCAUUCGAUAAAUGCUCGAUCGUAUCCGACAAUGGUGAUAGUGGGUUUGCGUGCCAAUAAAAUGAUAAUUAUGGGACGCAUGGAGGGCGACUGUUCCGGUUCGGAAUUGUUGAGACGACUGAAAACGGUGGUGGACGAAAAUGACGUUUGGCUGAGCCAGGCGAGAGCUGAUCGAUUAGAACGAAAUUUAACGCAGUCAUUGAGACAACAACAAGACGAAGCGUAUGAACUGUCAUUACGGGCUGACCAGGAGAAGGAGCGUUUAAAGCAAUUGGAACGGGAUGAGAUAUUGCGACAGCAACGAGCUUUCGAGGAUGAACUUCAAGCAGAACAGCAACGAAAAGAGGACAUUGCACGAUUGAAAAUCGAAUUGGCUUCACAAGUGCCUUCCGAACCAGAACUAAACAAUCCACAAACCGUUGGCGUUCUGUUUAAGUUACCGAAUGGACAGCGGAUAGAACGGCGUUUCAAAGAUACGGAUCUGUUAAAAGACGUCUACAAUUACAUUUUCUGUCAUCCGUCGUCGCCCGACUCCUUUCAACUUACCACAAAUUUUCCAAAACGUAUUUUAGAAGCCAAAGAUUCGAUUCAUACAUUAGCGGAGGCUGGACUACGGAAUCGGGAUGUGUUGUUUGUGAAUGAUCUUGAUGCGUAAAUUGCACGACGUCCGACGUUCAUUCAUAUCGAAUUUUCUAUACUUAAAUCAACCAUAUUGUCUUAGUUAAAUCAAUUGGCCAAAGUAUAUUUUUGCGGGGAAAAAAUGUCGUUAAUUCAAUUCAGAAAGAAAACCCUAACUAUGAGUCCUACAAUGACUGUAAGCUAAGAUUAACACUUGAUGGAGGACUGGACCAAAUCAUUUUUUUAAUUUUUUUUUUUGGCUAAUUGAAGUUUACAGAACUUAUAUUUGUAACGCAAGAAUCCUUCGUCCACAGAGUUCAUUGUAUUGCGUAAAGAUUUGUUUUCUAUUUUUUAGGCUUAAUUUGUUAAAUUUUGUUUUACAUUUCAGUUAAAAUUUAUUUGUCUUCGCCAAGCAAUACAAAUUUUGACAU